AUGGGACAAGGUUUUUCACGUGCUCAAAUGGAGGAAUACAAGGAACUCGUAAAGGAUCGCUUCUCUGAGGAGGCCAUCGAGUUUCUGUUCAUGAAAUUCCACAAGGCAGCGCCGGAGGGUGUCAUGACUCCCGUCGAAUUCAAGCGCUACAUAGACAGUACGGGUGUGUAUAAAAAUUACAGACGAACCCACCUGGCCUCCUGGUUCCCUAGUUACGCGAAGUACACUCAUAGUAAGGGCGGCAAUCGUGCCGUGAGGAAGACAUCGGCGCAGGUAUUGGACAGAGAGAUGUACUUGCAUCUUUUUCGUGCCUACGAUCGCGAUUGCGAUGGUGUGAUUUCCUUUAGGGAGUUCUUGCUUUAUCAUUUGGCGGUGAUGUACAGCACCGAGGAGCUUUUUGUUGUUGUUUUCAACGCGUAUGACGACGAUCAGGAUGGCUAUCUUUCUCUUGAUGACAUAAGAAACACUAUCACUGCGGCAACACGUUACGUUGGUGAUUGCGAUGUUGAAGACCAGGAGGUACAACGUGUCAUUGAUGAGGAAGCGCAAAGACUGAUGUUCUUUUUGGACGUGCGCAAAGAUGGUCGUAUUCGACGAGAUGAUAUGCGGCUGAUCACCCAGAAGCACCCAGAAGUACUGGAGAAGAUGAAGAAUUUGAUGUAA